AUGAGUGAUGUAACUCCCUUCGUCCCCAUCGUCUUGGAUCUGCCGGUGCACAACUUCUACCACUGGCGCCAUCUGUGUCUGGUGCACCUCGGACGCUGCUCUCUUCGUCACCACGUCGAGGGCGACGAUGCGCCUGCCCUGGCCGAUUUCCUCUGGGUGAAGAACGACUACGCCAUCCUGCAGUGGAUCUACCGGGGGAUCUCCACCGAGCUCUUCCAUCUCGUUGUGCGUGAUGGCGUGACGGCGCGCGACGUCUGGACGGCGCUUCGGGAUCUCUUCCAGGACAACCGCGACGCCCGGAUCAGCCAACUCCACACCGAACUGCGGACCCUGGCCCAGGGCGACAACUCCGCCAGCGCCUACUGUCAGCGCGUGAAGGCGAUCGGCGACGAACUCCAGGAACUCGAUAGUCGUGUCGACGAUCGCGGCCUCGUCCAUGCCCUCCUGAACGGCCUCAACGAGCGCUACGCGCAGGUCGCCACACUAAUCCCUCUUCUGCGUCUGUUUCCCACGUUUGCAGAAGCUCGAUCGAUGCUGCAACUUGAAGACCUGAACCUAGCACGCAAGGCCAGGAAUCCGCAGGCCUUUCACACCAACUACGGCCCCUCGUGUGCGCCAGGCGGCGGCUCCUCGUCUGGAUACGGCUCCGCCAACCAGCAGCCUCGAUCGUCUACGGCGUCUUCGUCCACUCGGCCGCCAGGCGUCAGUCCCAACUACAAGGGCAAGAACCCCAUCCCCGGCUACCAACCACAGAGGACCCGCUCCCUAACGCUUCGUGCUCCUACGCCUCAAGCGGCGCCCCCCCGCGCCUCCUGCACCAACAGCUCCACCUCCAGCGCCUCUGACGCCAUCUGA